AUGGGAGUCGCCCUGUCCUCUGCGGCUCCUCCUACUGUCUGCGUCGCCCCCUCCCGUCUGCCACCGCCAUCUGCGCGCGGCUUCGUUGUGGCCUCCCUUGCCUCCCGCAAGGCUGCCCCGACCAUGCAUGGACAACUGGUCAUGUGUGAGGUUCCGUCCACGCUCGAGUCGCAGGCCAGCUCCAAUCUGGUCCUCGCGACGCCAACGCAUAUCGCAUCACCCAUCAUUGCUGCUGGAGAUGGCGGUCAUGUCACUGGGCCCUCUUACCACAUGAGGGCUGGAGAACUGCUGGCUGCCUUGGGUGCUUUUGAUGCUUUGGCUACGGAUAUGGUGUCUUCGUGGAGCUCCUUUGAUGACGACAAUGAUGAAGAUGAUGAGGAUGGCGUAGAGCUGGCCCCGCAAACGCCGCUGGCUUCCAAGUGCUCCAGCGGUGUGAGCGUUGAGCGUGAGGCAGCUACCUGCAAGGAUUUUAGGCUUCUCCCCCUUGCUCUACCAAACUUCUGGAGCUCUUCCAUGGACAUCAUGGUCCCUUGCCCCCUUGAGUGGAAUGGCGUCGGCGGCAUGGAGAAUGUCUCCCGUGAUAGGGAUGAUGCCCAUGGCGAGGAGAACAAUUACACCUACAGCAUGGAGAGGGUCACCACAAAGACUAGCAAGGGUUCCUACAGCAUGGAGAGCAACGGCGUUUUGCUGCAGAUCGAGAAGACCUGCCACCAGUGCCGUCAGAAAAUGGCAAUCAACUUAAUGGCAGCUUGCAAGAAUAUGAAGAAGUCUCGGUUGUGCUCACUCAAGUACUGUCGAAAUUGCUUGCAUAAUAGGUACGGCGAGAAUUAUAUAAGAGUGGGGCUGCAAGAUGCCUGGAGCUGUCCAAAAUGCAGGGGAGAAUGCAAUUGCAGUGUAUGCAUGACCAACAAUGGAGAGAAGCCGACCGGGAAUUUAACCCGAGCUGCCAAGGCGUCGGGGUGCUCCUCCGUCCAUGAGUUUCUAAACAAGGGGUCGUACGUGGUGGCUGCACCACAGAAUUUGGUAACCCCUCUCAAGGUGAAUGGUUCCUCCUCUAUAUUAACUCUUAAGUCUAUAUUUAGUUCUUUCAAUCAUUUGACUUCGUAUUUAUAG